UUAGACAAUAAUUGUGGUGAACAACCAUUUACAUCGACACCCGAGACAAUCACUGAACACAUCGCACGCGUGUGAAUGGCCGCCAAACUCGGGCGCCGGUACGGGAAGUACGCCCUUCUCGUCUCACUGGGCGCCGGCAUCUCCUCGUACGCCGCCUUCCGGCUCAUCGACCAGAAAAAAGAGGUACACUUUACCCGCAAAACCAAAACCCUUCAGCAGAGGCUUUAUGUGAACGCCUCAUCACCACCACAGACAUCAUCGUCACCGCCGCUGAAGCAGGUGUCGAGCAAAGCGCUGCCCUCCAGACAGGACCAGCUCAAGAGCCUCCGCGAGACCAAGGAGUUCGAUGUGCUGGUGAUUGGCGGCGGUGCCACCGGUUGUGGCGUCGCUCUGGACUCCAUCACCAGAGGUUUGUCGACGGCGUUGGUCGAGUUGGAUGACUUCUCGUCCGGCACAUCCAGUCGCAGCACAAAACUCAUUCACGGAGGGGUCAGGUAUUUGCAAAAGGCUAUCCUGAAGUUGGAUGUGGAACAGUAUAAGAUGGUCAAGGAGGCGCUCCAAGAGAGGGCCAACCUAUUGGAGAUCGCGCCGCACCUGUCCUACCCCUUACCCAUUAUGCUACCCGUCUAUCAUUACUGGCAAAUACCCUACUUCUGGGUCGGUAUCAAAAUGUACGACUUGGUCGCCGGCACUAAAAACGUGAGGUCUUCGUACUAUCUGUCGAAGAAGGACGCUAUGGAUCUGUUUCCAAUGCUGAAGAGCGAUUCGCUGGUGGGUGCCAUUGUCUACUACGACGGCCAGCAUAACGACGCCCGGAUGAACCUGUCGAUAGCGCUGACGGCGGCCCGAUAUGGGGCCACAAUCGCCAAUCACGUGGCGGUCGUUAAACUCAAUAAAGACGGGGAGGGAAAGCUGAUCGGCGCCCGACUCCAGGAUCAGAUGACUAAACAGGAAUGGGAUGUGAGGGCCAAGUCGAUCAUCAACGCCACCGGUCCCUUCACGGACAACAUUCGCCUGAUGGACGACCACAACACCCGUAAGAUCUGUCAGCCGAGCGCCGGCGUCCACAUCGUACUGCCCGGCUAUUACAGCCCCGAGAGUAUGGGUUUGUUGGACCCGUCGACCAGUGAUGGACGCGUCAUAUUCUUCCUCCCGUGGGAGAAGUGGACGAUCGCCGGCACCACCGACAGGGUGUGCGAAGUGACGCACAGCCCGACGCCCACGGAAAAUGACAUUCAAUUCAUACUGAAUGAGAUCCGACACUAUCUCAGCCCCGAUAUUAACGUCCGUCGCGGAGACGUGAUGUCCGCGUGGGCUGGCAUUCGACCGCUGGUUUUGGAUCCGUCCAAACCGAACACGGAAUCGAUCGCCAGAAACCACAUCAUCGACACGAGUCCAUCAGGUCUGGUGACAAUUGCUGGCGGAAAGUGGACGACGUAUAGAGUGAUGGCCGAGGAGGCGGUCAACGCUGCCAUUGCUUUCAAUCCGGAACAGUUAAGUCACGCCACGGAAUGCAAGACUUUGGGUCUUAUUCUGGAGGGCGGACACAACUGGACGCCGACGCUAUACAUUCAUUUGGUCCAGGAUUACGGCUUAGAGCCCGAAGUUGCCCACCAUUUGGCCAACACGUAUGGGGACAAGUCGUUCGCUGUGGCGAAGUUGGCUGAGCUGACUGGCAAACGAUGGCCAGUGGCCGGGCGUCGGCUGCACUCCGAGUUUCCCUACAUUGAGGCCGAGAUCCGGUUUGCGGUGAGAGAGUACGCCUGUACUGCCGUUGACGUGAUCGCCCGACGCCUGCGACUGGCGUUCCUCAACACACAGGCCACUGAAGAGACGUUACCACUGAUUGUGGAGAUUUUGGGCGAAGAGCUAAAGUGGAGUAAAUCCGAGAAAGAGUCGCAACUGAAGAAAGCCAUGGAUUUCUUGAAGACAGAAAUGGGACAACAGGUGAACAAAGAGUUGAGAGAUUUGUCGCCCAUUUCGCUGACGAAGGAUGAGAUCAAUAAAUACAGCAAACAAUUCCAUUCACUCGAUCGCGACCGCAAGGGUUACAUCGGUAUCAACGACUUGAGACGAUCCAUGAAAGCGCAGGGAGUGAAGAUGAGCGAAGAGGAACUGCAUCUAAUGCUGAGCGAAGUGGACAUCAAUAAGAACGGGCAGGUGGAGCUGGGCGAGUACCUGGAGCUCAUGAGCGCCAUCAAGACGGGCACCAUCACCAACAGUCGCUUCUCCAAAGCGGCCGAACUCGAGUUCAAUAAGAUAUCGGUCGACCGGGCAGGUGGUGGCCUAUAAGACCGGCCCCACACUCCCCGCACAACCAUCUAAUACCUGUUCCAUUGAUUCCCCAGAUUUACACAUAUUUUUAUCAAAUAGUUUUUAGGUUUAGACUUAAGUUUUUUUUUAAAUCUCCAACUCCUGGAGACCCACUUUUGUUGUUGAAUUGUUUUAAAGUGUUUUUCUGUCGUGAAAACCCAUAUCUGUCUCUCUCUAUAUUAUCUCUAACAUUGAAUUUAAAGUGAAUUUCAAAGCAUUUAAUUAUAUAUUUCAAUGACUAGUCAUUUGAGGACAUCAUACGAUAUAUUUUAGGCACACAUUUGUUUCGGU